AACGGUCGUAGUUUCUUUUUGAAUAACUUCCUUUCAAAGAAUUUGUGAUAAAGAGUUCAUGCAUGCACAAUCAUGUUGCUUCUCUGACAUUAUAUUUGUGCUUACAGAGUUAACUUCAAUUACUCUUGAAUUGGAAUUGGAUAGAUGUAUAUCCGAGCAGGUAUUCGAGUGAUUCAAGGACCGGAUUGGCAGAGUAAAAAACAAGAUGGUGGACUAGGACAUGCCGGAACAAUUAUCUAUGUACCCAAGGAAGGGUCAUCAGACGACAAAGUGACCGUGAUAUGGGACAGCGGACAAGAACGCCGUUAUAGAGCGGGGAAUGAUCGAAAAUAUGAUCUUAGAGUGCUAGAUAACGCUCCAAUUGGUGUACGUCACGAAGGUAUAACAUGUGACGUGUGUCAGGAGACGCCAGUUAUCGGGUUUAGAUGGAAAUGUUCGGCCUGUGACGACUUUGAUUUGUGUACGUCAUGUUAUAUGGCGGGAAAACACGACCUCUCUCACAGUUUCAUGCGCUUGGAAGUCGAAAAUAUUGUAGCCGUCCCUGUGUCACCAAGACGUUUCACAAAACCAAAGGAGAUACAAGGUGUAUUUAAAGGUGCUUUAGUAAUGCGGGGACCUCACUGGAAGUGGAAAAACGAUGAUGGCGGAGGAGAAGAUGAAGGUGAGGUUCUUGCUAUUGUGCCAUGGCAAGGCUCCUCCCCAAGGGGCGGAGUCAAGGUAAAGUGGAAAGCUACAAAGAAAGAGGGAACAUACAGAAUGGGCGGGGACGGAUGCGUGGAUGUUAUCUAUACAGAGGAAGCGACUUUUGGGAAUUACUAUAUAGAACAUCUCCCACUUGUUGAUAUUGUCAACCCAGGUGAGAUAAUUUUGAAAAACAGUGACAAAGUUCGAGUUUCGUUAGAUAAGGAGCAUUUUAAAAGGUUACAAGAACACCAAGCCUAUGGUGGGUGGAGUGAUGGAAUGCUUCAGUGUAUAGACGAAGUUGGGACUGUGAUAAAAAUGUUAUAUGACGGUAAAGCAUCCCGUGUUCAGUAUACGGACGGGAAAAUAUGGACGAUCAACAGACAGGCUUUAUACAGGUUGCACAGCUUUUCCCCGGGCGAAGUAAUUACUAUACUAGAGGAUGACAACACGGUGAAGGAACUUCAAGAAGGCCAUGGAGGCUGGAAUGACGAAAUGAAAUCGACAUUAGGCGCUAUAGGCCGUAUUGCCCGUAUAGAUUCAGACGGUGAUGUUAGAGUUAAAGUCGGAGACCGGGUAUGGAUAUAUAGCCCGGUCUGUUGUUGCCCGCUUGAGGACCAAGCAAUGUCCAAAAAGGCACCAGACCUAACAAAAUCUGAAAUGGAACAUGGUGAAGUUGAUGACCUUAAACAGAUGCAGCGUGAUAUGGAACGUGUUGCCGGUGCCCUAGCUGAUUUAUUUGUUGGUCUUCUCCGAGGUGUUCCGGAUGAUGAUAAUGGUGACAUGUCUGUUGUCGAAGCUGCCGCUAAAGGAGAUAUUGCACGAGUCCAAGCUAUAGUUCGCAAAAAUCCGGAAAAGGUAAAUGCAAAACAUGAAGAUAAAACCGCUCUACAGCUUGCGUGUUAUGAAGGAAAGAUGGAUGUAGUUAGGUUCUUAUUGGAAAAUAAAGCUGAUGUUAACAGUACUGAUAAUGAAGGCGACACUGCUCUGCAUUAUGCUUCUUUUGGGCAAGAAGAAGGGGCCAUGACUCUGUUAUUACAGAGGGGAGCCAAACUAGAUAUACAGAAUAAAAAGGGGCAGACAAGUCUUCAUAUCGCGAUAGGAAAGGGUAAUGUCCCUUGUACCAAACUGCUCAUCAAAAGUGGCGCUUCCGUCAAUUUGAAGGAUGAAGAUGGUGAUAGUCCGAUGCACGACUGCAUAAUACAGAAAAGAAAACAGAAUUAUCUAGUAGAAACCAUCUUUAAGUCCCCAAAACCGGACUUUACCGUUAGUAACGGCAAAGGUUUUAACGUGCUACAAUGGGCAGCUCUCAAAGAUUGUAGAAGGGCUGCUGAAAUAAUCAUAUCAAACAAGCCAUCUAUUAUUGACCUAAAGAUGCCAGAGGGUUUUACCGCUUUGCACAUUUGUGCUGCAAACGAUCACGUAGAAAUAGCCAGCGGGCUCUUGAAGGCAAAUGCAAAUAAGGACUCUACAGACGGGAACGGUAGAACACCACUAAUUGUUGCUGUCAGUCAAAGUCAUAAACGUAUUGUGGAGUUAUUGCUGACAUAUGGCUGUAACGUAAAUGCCCAAGACAAUGAUGGUAAUACAGCUUUACACGUGGCACAGAUUAGUCGAGCACUACCAGAUACGCUUGCAAGAUUACUUGGGGUUCCUCUUGUAAAUGAUGAUACAGGUAUUCAGAUCUCGUGCAUGCUUGUCGAAGCACGUGCUAGUAUCUCAGUGAAGAACAAUAAAGGACAAACGCCGAUUGAUAUGUGUACAGACGUGGCAACUAAAGAGUUCUUAAAAAGGUUUGUCAGUAUCAUCCAAUCAGAUGCAAAGUAUUCGGAUGGGUACGCUUCGGCGGAUGCUAGUGGACAUAAAUUUAUGUUCCAGUGCCGCGUGUUAGCAGGGAAAUGGACACAUGGAGACCCGAAGUAUAAGAGACCGCCACCAAUCAAUGACAAAGAUCCAUCUAAAUUGUAUGAUUGCUGUGUUGACAGCACAGAUCGUCCAAGAAUAUUUUGUCUCUUUGAUAUGAAUCAGUACUACCCAGAAUAUAUAAUCAAAUAUCAGUAACUUUAUAAACAUUAUAAAAGUAACUUUUAUUUAUAAACAUUGUAAAGUUGCCGGAAAUGUUGAAUGUAUCAUCAAAUUACCUUAUAAACAUUGUAAAGUUAUUAGAAAUGAUUAAUAUAUCACCAAAUAUCAAUAAUUUUAACUAAAUUAACAUUGCAAAGUUACCUGAAGUAUUAAAUAUAUAUUUCACCGAGUAAGCACCAAAAGGUAUGAACUUUUGGUGUUCACAAGGUGAAAUAUAUUUCGAUCUUACACUAAACUAAACAAUUUUUUUUUAUUAUAUGCAAAAAAACGUUUUAAAAAACAUUAAACUUCAAUGAAAAGCGCGCCAAAUGAUAAUACAACGUGACGUCAUUUACGACGUCACGUCAUUAAGUUGGUACCCAGUUCUGUGCACGCUGGAAUUUCACUGAAACAGUGAAAUUACCAGUUUUUAUAUCACUGAUACAUUUCUAUAAACCACCGAAAAGCAUGUAAUAAAUGCCGAUCUUACACUGAACUAAACAAAUAUCCUCUAUAUCAUCAUUUAAAGUAAUUGAUAUUUGAAUCAAAUAUUAAUUACUUUACAUUAUAAACAUUUCAAAGUUACCGGAAGUGAUAAAUCAAAUAUCAGCAACUUUAUCCCAUAAACAUUGUAAUGUUUCCGAAAGUGAUAAAUGAAAUAUCGGUAGCUUUACCUUUUACAUACAGGAAGUAAUUCCUGAAUAUAUCAUCAACUUUAAUAACCAUCUUAUAAACAUUGAAAUGUUAUCAAAUCGAUUAGUCAAAUAUUGAAGAACUUUACAUUACAUACCGGAAAUGAUGAAAAUAUCAUCAAAUUUGAAUAACUUUGUUGAAUAAAAGUUGAAUAAAUCAUCAAGUAUUAAUAACUGUGUAAAUAAAGUGAUGAAUAUCAAAAGGUUUGUGUUAUAUAUCGGAACUGAUGGAUUUAUAAGUAAAUAGCAUUAACUUCAUUUUUAGAAAUUGUGAUGAUAGAUACCGCCUGAAUGUAUUAUCAAGAAAUAAUAAUAGUGAUGAUAUAUGUAAAAAAAAUGCAGUCGUGACCAAACUUCUUUAGUUUUGAAGGGUUAUUUAUAUGUUUUCAUUUUUGUAUUACUUUAUGUCAUAUUUUUAUCAUUUUGUGAUGUAAUUCCUAUUUUCUUUUUUAUCUUUAGAUUUAUUGAUUAAUUCAUUGCAGCAAACAAAACUUCUAACAUCUUGAAAAUGUAGUUAUCAAACACUUACAUAAAUCUUUAUUAAUAUAUUACUUACUCUUCUUAACUUGACAGUUAAAUGGCAGAAUGUCACUUUAAAACCUCAUUGCAUUAAAAUAGAUUUUUGUAGGAGUAUACUAAAUGGUUUUGAAGGAAGAAAAAUAAACUUUUCAAAUGUAUCGAUUAAAUGUUAUUAUAAAAUGAUUUAAUGUAAAAUCGCAAUGCCAUUAUUGAGUAAUUAAAAAAUUUCUCUCGCAUUGAGUAAAGUGGAGUAAAGUAAAGUAAGUUUAACCAAAGUAAAGUUUAAAGUCGAAAGAUAUGAAAGCAAAUUUGCAUUGAAGAAAUUUUCAUAUUCUCAAAUGUUAUAUAUAGGGUCAUUUUGUAGUUAUAAGGAUAACUUUGAACAAAGGAAAAGUUUGUUUAAUUAAUGAAAAAAAUCCAUAAAGCCAACGGGAAAAUAUGUAUGUAAAGCAAUAUGUAUAAAAAUGUAUAUUUAUGCUUAAAAAGUAAAGGUCAGGCUUGCUGAAUAAACAAGUUUGCGACAUAGGUUGAACAAUAUGAAUUAUUUAAGUGCAUGCGUCAUAAUUUUAAUGUAUUUCUGAUGUGUUUUUGUGACUAGUUUAGAAUAAAGUUUUUAAUAAUA